GACAGGAGAUCGAGAUCAGAUGUAGAUUAGCAUGUACCGAACUCCCGAUGCGCUACCGGGAGAUCGUAAAUAAGCUUAACGGUCUAUAAAGUGGCCCUGGACGACGUCCGUCCUCCGGGCUUUCAGCUCUGAUUCAGCCUUCACUCUUCUCACCAAAGCUUGUUUCGUAUCCUUAGAACAUCCAUCCAACAACAUGCUGUCCCGCCUCCCUGUCCUUGCCGCCAUCGUGGGCACGGCGGUUGCACGCCCUAGCCCGGUGGCCGCCGAUGACCCGGUCCGCAUCCUCCCGUACAACUGGAACUUCGAAAUCGCGGCGCUCGAAGGCCCGGGAUGCCCCGACUUCGGCCAGACCGAGCCGCCGCGUAUUACCCGGCCCACCUUCGGCUCCAACACGGUCGAUGGCUCCGAGAUCUACUACUGGCACUUUGCCUACCCUCACAUCCAUCUCAGCGUGGAUGCUGAGACCCCUGAGGCGUCCAUCUGGUGCGAGACGACGCUCAAGUACACCGAGCUGGAGGAGGGUGGUGGCAGCAACCCGGCCGUCGACCCGGCUUACCGUCUGAAGCUGCACAAGAACGGCACGCUGAUGCUGGCAACCUACGAGCUCGACGAGGGCGUCGAGGCCAAGUGGACGUUUUCGUACCAGACCGAUGGAGAUGACAAGAUCGUCGACACCAUCAGCGUCGCCGGCCCCCGCGAGGCCGGGUCGUACACCGACAUCUCGAUGCCCGCCGAGGAGCUGGUGCAGUGGCCGCUGCCGGAGUGCGGCAGCGGCACCAUCAAGUACCGCACCGAGCUCACGCUGACGGCCACCAUGGAGGGCGCCGCGGGCACCGUCGCGUCGGAGUCGUCCGACUACGAGGGCGAGGCCCAGUACUACGGCAUCCAGCAGGGCGUCAGCUACGACUGGGAGAAGUGCGCUGCUUAAAGCAAAG